AUGACACAGGCUAAUCGCUCGGUUGGCCGAUUAAAGGCACUCUGUAUUUCCUUGAACGUCUUGGAACUCGUCGUCACGCGUUCCUGGGUCAAUUCAUCGUCAGCCAGUGUGGCUUACACGUCUUACAUGCUCGUCCCCAUCUCAUCCGUCCUCAUCUCGCACUUCAUCAUCGAUUUACAACAGACAUCUGAGUCGUCAAAUGAAAUCACGAUAUCGCGAUGGGAAGCCGCGACGACGAAUGACGGCCCAAUACUCACAUCGUUUGUCGGAGAUAUGAGCGCUGGUGUCUUCUCGGUGAUUCUGUUUGAAGGUGCGGACGAUGGGUUCUCAUUGGCAUAA